AUGUGUACCAGCUUGACCACUUGUGAGUGGAAGAAAGUCUUCUAUGAGAAGAUGGAGGUGGCAAAGCCCGCAGACAGUUGGGAGCUCAUCAUAGACCCCAACCUCAAGCCCAGUGAGCUGACCCCUGGCUGAAAGCAGUAUGUGGAGCAGCAUGCCUCAGGCAGGUUCCAUUGCUCCUGGUGCUGGCACACCUGGCAGUCUGCCCACGUGGUCAUCCUCUUCCAUAUGCAUCUGGACCGUGCCCGGCGGAUGGGCUCGGUGCGCAUGCGUGUCUUCAAGCAGCUGUGCUAUGAGUGCGGCACGGCGAGGGAGGACGAGUCCAGCAUGCUGGAGGAGAACAUCGAGGGCCUGGUGGACAACCUCAUCACCAGCCUGCGCGAGCAGUGCUACGACGAGGACGGUGGCCAGUACCGCAUCCACGUGGCCAGCCGCCCGGACAGCGGGCCACAUCGUACAGAGUUCUGCGAGGCCUGCCAGGAGGGCAUCGUGCACUGGAAGCCCAGCAAGAAGCUGCUGGAGGAGGAGGUGACCGCCCACACCUUCUCUGAAGCCUCCAAGCCGAGGGCCCAGUCGGGAUCCGGUUACAACUUCUUGUCUCUUCGCUGGUGCCUCUUCUGGGCCUCUCUCUGUCUACUCGUUGUCUACCUGCAGUUCUCCUUCCGCAGCCCUGCCUUCCUUUAG